GUGAGCUGCGGUUUGAAAACCAGUUGACAUCGUGAGGUGGGCCUACAAAACAAAUACCUUGGAAAAAAUGACGUUCUUUCUUAGAAGAAGUAUUUUCAACAGAAAUAUGUAUCAUGCUGUCAACUCAGCACUGACAGUUCCUGCAUCCCUCACAGUGGGGCACAGGUCGCUUUACAUCGGUGAACGGGCCUCGCUAAGCAAAACAUUCAGCGGCAGAGACGUUGCGCUUUUUGCUGAGCUGACAGGGGACAUGAAUCCUCUCCACCUCGACCCAGAGUACGCCAAAACGACCUCUUUUGAGAGGCCCAUUGUGCACGGAGUGCUGAUUAACGGUCUCAUCUCAGCAGUUAUUGGGACAAAGUUGCCCGGUAAAGGCUGCGUGUUUCUCUACCAGGAAAUACGCUUUCCGGCACCCCUCUACAUUGGAGAGGAAGUUGAGGCGGAAGCGGAGGUUAAAAAGAUCAAAAUGUCCUUCGCUUUUAUUUCUGUUUCCUGCGCUGUCAAAGACAAAGUGGUCAUGGAGGGAGAGGUCAUAGUGAUGAUGCCACAGAAUGGAGAGCAAUCGUGAGGAAUGCUGCCGUUUCAGUUCCAAAUGCUUCCAGGAAUUAAAUGUUUUUGCUUAUUUUUGUUCUUUUGAAAUGUGACGCUCACACAAAGAUUUAAUAUUCACUGCUUUUGUUCCCUGAGGUGCAGUUUAAAUAAACUGUGUGAGAAAAUAA